GAUUCCCCUUUGGGCCUCGACACCUCAGCAUUCCAUCAGUGCGGGGAGGUUGUAUUGGCCUCUCCGGACAUCGCCUGACCUUGGCCAGGCACCUCAAGGUUUAGCAAGCCAUUACUGGUUGCCGUUCACCGAGCCACGAGGGCUCCGAGCCGCUCGCACGACCAGAAAGCUUUGUCCUCGUCGUGCAUUAAGCGUCCCCCAGGCCGCGGUGACUUCGACCCCGCAUCAACAAUGUCGGCCACAACAUUCUCUUACGCGCAAGCCGCGAGAGGCCGGACCGUCUCCCAACCGAGCCAACAAGAGACAUCGAGCCCUGCUCCUUCGACGACCGGUUCGCAAGGGAAAGAUGACGCAUCCACCGGCGCCACGUCCAUAACAGCACCCUCAGUUGCCUCGACCACCCCUGAAACUCGGGAUACAGAGCAGGCGGCACAGCCCCAGGUCGAGAGCAAGUUGUUGAAACAGGGUCAGGAAGCCGCUUCUGUCGCUAAUUCCAACUCAUCAGCAGCAUCUGUCACGGAGCAGUCGGGCAAACCGGCCGAGGAGACCAGCGUGAAAUCAUCUGAUGCUAGACCUCAAGCCCGGAGCCAGAGUGAGGAUAAGGCAUCCCGCUCCACCAGCCGGACUUCCCGCUUCAAUGACAGCGCGGAUGGCAGAAAAGGGCGAAAGGGGAAGAAAGGCCGUACUGCCGACAAAGAUGCGCCAAGUGAUCAAAACCAGGAUGAGGAUGCCGAGAAGGUGAAGGAGGCUCCUAAGCCAGUAAUCCUCACAGAGGCUCCCCUUCCUACUGUCAACCCCUGGGCGAAGCGUAUGGAAGCACAAAAAGCGGCUGUUCAGGUCAAGCUUGGAUCGGACAACCCGACAGUUGACAGCGAAUCGAAGCAAAAUGCCUCUCAAGAGGAGUCCAACGUGCGCAACGCAGCGCCCAACGGUGCCAGUGGGGACAAGUGGGCGCAGAAGAAGACGGCUGAGGCAUCACGCCCCACAGACCAAGCUCCGCGCCGAAGCGGCCCGCGGGGUAGCCGUGCUGGAGACAAGGAAGAAAGGACCUCAGUGGCCCUGCCCCCGGUCGCGGACCCUUCGUCCUGGCCGGAUCCCAAGUCUGCCGCAGAGCGAGAGCAGACUGCAAGAAAGUCACAGGAGAAGCUUGACACAGCCGAAAAGGAUGGCCCGGAGGAAGCUGCCCCUGCCCGCAAGAAGACCUGGGAGAAGCUCGAGAUUGAGCAUUCCGUUGUUUUCCAGACUCCGUUACCUCCCCUUCGCGGACCCAAACCCCGAGGUGGCGCUCCCCGAGGUGGUCGUGAAGCAGGGCCAAUGAGGGGCAAUCAUACUGCUGCCGCGGCCGCCACCGCCCCUCAAGCCAAUCUUGGUUCGGUGAGCGACAAGGCGGCUUCCCCCGGUGGGUUUACGGGUCCCAAGCCUACGGCAGCCCGCUCCCGUGACGGAAGUAUUCCUUCCCGCGCGGCUCCUCAGUCUCACCCGCCGCAUGCGUCGAAGCGUGCCUCAGUUGAUGUCGCCUCAAGGGACCAGCGCAAGCAGUCAGUGCCUGGGAGCACAACAGAGCAGGCUCGCGAUGCCAGCUUUGAUGCCUCAAGCUCGUCGAAGAGGGCCAGUGCGACACGGGAUAUCCGCCUCGAAAAUGGCUCGCUGAAUUCUGAAGCCGGACAAGCACGAGCUCUGCCUCAAGAUCGUGCCAGCAAUUUCCAAUCUAGGGGUGAUAAUCAGCAGUAUCCCACCCGGGAGGGCCGUCCGGAACGAGGCCGGGGCGGUUACCGUGCCCGCGGUAGCCACAAUAACUCGUCAUCGCAUAUCUCUUUGGCGUCGUACGUCGCCAACGGCCAUUAUCCAGCCCCCAACGGUUUCCAGGCUCGGCAAAAUCCGAACUCUCACAGCCCUCCGCCUUUUCCUGGCCAGUUCCCGGCAUCUUUCGGUCACUCCUCAAGGGGAAGGGGAAACAAGUGGGCAAGCUCCGGUCAGGCGGCUGGGCGCAACGCUGCGGGUGCUGCAGGGUUUCCCCCGAAGGCUGCUCACGUGAACGACUACGCCGUGGGUCAAUAUCCCCCAUACAUAUACUCGCCACUCUUCGAUCCAUCCAUUCCCAUCCUCAAGUCUCAGGUGGAGUAUUACCUGUCUGUUGAGAACCUCUGCAAGGACUACUACCUUCGUCAGCACAUGGAUGGCCAGGGUUUUGUCCAUCUCUCAACCAUUGCGGCAUUUAAACGCAUCAAGGCCGUCACAGAGGACUUGGAGCUCCUUCGCCUAGCUUGCUCGCUCUCCGAUCAGAUUGAGUUCGGCGUAGGCGAUGACGGGAUUGAGCGACUGCGGACGCGUGACAAGUGGCAGCACUUUGUCUUGCCCGUUUCUGAACGGGCUGAGCCUCACCGCAAUGAUGGUCCGGCAAAUUGGACCCCUUAUGUGAGGCCGGACGCCCAAUUUGCCGCGCCCUUUCCCGGUCAGAUGGUUCCUCAGCCGUAUCCUCCCGCUGCUGUCGGUGUCUACCCACCGUAUAGCGAGGACCAGAUGUAUCCGCCGGCAUUCAUCAACGGCGCCGCCUACGAUCCGACAGUCAACGGCAGCACUGCCAAUGGCCACCAUGCCGGACAAGAGACCCAGCUCUCCGCGGGUGUACCGGAAUACGCACCUCCCCAGUCCCCUGUAACACUGGAGAGUAUGACCAAUUUCCCGGACUCCCAGGUGGAGAAUCUGAUGGUGAUUCUGGGCUACGAUGAGAAAGAUGACGCAGGCUCGUCCACCGCGUCCGGCAUGGCAGGCUAUGUCCCUGGAAAGAACCAAGCCGCCAAUUCUCCAGAGACUUCGAGCGUCAGUGGAGAGGAAAGUGUCGCGCCCAUCAACCAGGCGGACCAAUCCGAGCGUGGUAUUGUCUGGGUCGAUGCACAGGCAUCUACCUCUACCAAUGAGCAGAGAGAUCGCAAACCGUAUGUCGAGAUUCGCAAGGCGGCCCUUGAGCAACGGCAGAGUGCCAAGGCGGGCGAAACUCCCAAGGAGAUGCAGAAACUUUACAGAUUCUGGUCGCAGAUGCUGCUCAAGGAUUUCAACGCCAAGGUUUACCAGGAGUUCAGAGACUUGGCGCUUGAGGACGCGCGUCAGGGGACUCCGUCCACAUGGGGUUUGAAGUGCCUCCUCGAGUUCUACGACAAGCUUUUGCUCAAGACCAACACCCGUAAACCUUGGCCUCAAGAUCGGGCAGUGCCUGAAAUCUUCACGGCUCACAUGAACGAGGCUGUCGAAUUGGACAACAAGCUGGGUGGGAAGGGCGUUGCCACUAUUUGAAGGGGCCGCACCCGAAGCUGCAAGUCGGCGAUAUUUGGAAGCGAUUCUCUUUGCUUCCCUUCGCCAACAGGUUCCUCGGCAGAGCCGUCGUUUGACCUAUUUAAGAUGAUACCUCGGUUGUUCGCGGGGGCUUGGCGAUUCCCUCAUUUCAGUCUGUCCAGGCUCGAACCACAUACGGAAUUCCUAUACACCAGCGAUCUAAUCAUUACGACGUCCAUUCGAGUCAGCUAUUUUCUUCCCACUGGGUCCGGGACAUGGUGGUGCUGUCGAGGGGUUUGCUCGAAUAGGACGUGUUGUCACUGACGUACCACGCAUCAUUGGGAGCAAUCCGCCUUCUGACUGCGGCAAAUCAGAAAGCACGACG